AUGGAACCUCAUCGAGUCCAUAUAAUAUCUAGAGAGAUAAUCCAGCCUUCAUCUCCAAACCAUCUCAAAAACCUCGAACUCUCAUACCUCGACCAACUAUGCCCCCAUCUCUACUUUCCACUCAUCUUCUUCUACCGAGCUCCCGAUCGCGUAAUCCCAAUAAACGGCCCGUUCGCGCAACCCGACGAUCACUCCCGUAUGUCCCGACACCUCAAACAAUCCCUCUCGCGUGCAUUAGUCUCCUUCUUCCCGCUUCCGGGUCGUAUCCUCGACGACUUCACGGUCAAAUGCAAUGACACGGGCGUCGAGUUCAUCGAUGCCCGGGCUCACUCCAAGCUCGUGGAAGACAUUGUAAGAGACCCGAACGACGGCGUGGAGGAACUAAAGGCGUACCUCCCGGUGGACCCAACCAUCGGCGGCCUCGACAACGGGUCAGCCCUUCUGCUUGUGCAGGCCACAUUUUUCGACUGCGGAGGGGUUGCCGUCGGGAUGUGCUUUUCGCACCGGGUGGCCGACUGUGCGUCCAUGAUGUGCUUUCUUCGGUUGUGGACUGCCGAGUGUCGAGGCAAAAUUUCUGACGAGGUUGUAAUAAAUUUCAACCUUGCUAGUUGUUUUCCGGCUAGGGACUUCUCGGGGUUGAGCCUCCCGAGAUUCCCCAUGUCGGACGACAAUUUCCGCACGAGGAGGUUCGUCUUCGACGAGGGGAAGCUGGCAGCCCUCAGGCGGGCAGCGGCAAACUCGGCCAUCGUGGACCCCACAAGAGUGGAGCUCGUCUCAGCUUAUAUCUGGAAAGUUUUAAUCGAGACAGCUAAAUCCAAGAAUGUCGAGAAAAGGAAGGUUUUUGCUGCGUUCCAUGCCGUGAACGUGAGGGCUAGGGCAGGCGAGCCUCGACUCCUCCUCGAGAACGUGUUCGGAAAUUGCAUCAUGUCGGCAAUGGCAACAACUACCUCAUGUGACGAGGAGUUCCAUGAUCUCGUUGCAAUCCUUAGAAGCAAGAUUAAGAAAGUAAACCAAGACUACAUUAGGAAAGCUCGGGACUCGGAUGGUUAUUUGAACGAAUUGUUCGAACUUAUUGCUCUACUCGGGAAGGGAGAGUUGGAGUAUUGCCGGUUUAGCAGUUGGUGUCAGUUUCCGGUGUAUGAGGAGGUGGACUUUGGGUGGGGAAGGCCAGCCUUGGUUUGCACAACAAGUUUGCCAUUGAAGAACGUGAUAGUUUUGGUGAGGAGUAGGUGUGGAGAAGGGAUAGAAGCUUGGGUGAACAUGAGCAAGGACAACCUUGGAGUGCUUGAGAACAAGUUGAGCCAACUCGUUUGA